CCUUUGUUUCUUUUGCUGAAGGCCUUCUCAAGCACUGUGGUGAAUAUGGCCAUACUUGACGGCGUCGAAGUUCAAGUGAGAGUUGUUAGUGUUGACAAGGCGCUCAAGGAGGCUGAUGUAUGCGCCGAUGAUUCUUGCCACAGCGAUAUAGUCCCAUGGGCCAAGGACCCUAUGCGGGUUGAAAAACGCGUCAAUGCCCCUCCUGGGCAAGUCUUUUCUAUCUGUAUGCGGAUAGCACCAAGCUUCGAUUUCUCAGCUGGGGACGGGCUCCAUAUCACCUUGAAGCUGGAUAAUGGCAAGGCAGUCAACCAUUAUUAUUCAGUCAAGUUCACCGAAUUGGAAGCGGACGAAGACGGAUGGUGGACGAAACAUAUCGACAACGCAGUAGUCAAUUGCGAGGAUGGGUGUAGGAAAGCUUACUUUUCUUUCGCAUACCUUCCAGCAAAGCUCCACGCUGUUCCCGUAGGGUACUACUCGGAUGUCGACUAUCCACAGGGAAAAGUGGCGGUCACAAUUAUCCGAGUCUCCCAUAGUACGAUGCCACCGAAGAAGGCAACAGUCACAAAUCCAGGGCCCACGCUAACCCCCGGGAUCCCUGGGAGCGCGAUAUGUUACAAGGUUGGUGAGCUCGAAGUAUUCGAUCCACCCAUGGUACAUGAGCAAGUAUCACCUGUCGAUGAUCCGGACGAGAAAGCGCGCCAUUUUGUUUUUCACUACAAAGUCAUCAAAUCUUUGAUCAUGGACUGUGUUGCGAGCGACCUGGAAAUAUCGUCCUCGGAGUCCGCAUCCUCCCCAAACUAGCCGACGCUCAACCAUCCUUUUCUUUCCUGUGACGGUCUAUUUUACAAGCCUUUGGUUCGGACGAGAUUUUGGUUGUCUAAGCUUGGUUGGAGCUCAACCUGUGGGUUUGCGUUCAUACUGGGAAUGUGUGGCCAAUGAGUUUUCCUGCAGAGUGUGCCACACCCGUUCGUUCCUAGCCCUUAUUGAGCUUUGCUGCGUCUCAACCAAUAGCAAGGCCAUCAUUGUUUUUCCUUUUUCUAGAACGAUGGGAUU